AUGUCUCGCCGAUUCCAGCUCGGUGUUUCCCUCUCUGAGGUCGUCCCAGUCACAGGUAGCUGCUCCAGGUACUUUAUCGACUGCACGUCCACUGACCUCAUCGUGAACAGCUCCUUCGACGUGGCUCACUACACGUCCGUGAAGGUGUGCCGGGGAAGCCCGGCCUGGGGCUCCCAGCCGGUGCAGCACUUCGCCGACGCGGCGCCCGUGUUCGACUCGCGCGGCCUGGCGGUCGGGAGCUGCCCCGAAGUCUCUGCCGAGGGGCCGCUGGCCCAGGGGUACCCUCCGGCGCGGCGCCCGGCGCUGGGCAGUCUCGGCGCGGUCUUCGGCGGUCACCCUGUCAACCUGGCCGAGUGCGGGCUCUCGGAGCGGCUGGGCGGGGCCUUCGCGCUGAUGUGUAUCGUGAGGAUCGGGAUGGACAGAACGGGCAUGUGGUCACGCAUCUUCGAUUUCAAGGUCCGAUUCCACGACGGCGACGUACGCGACCACGAUGCCAUCUCCGCCGGAAGCGUGGCGAACACGACCGACCUGGAGUUCACAGUGUACCGGGGCACUGUUCGGAAGCGCCUGGUCGUGCCCUCCUCCGAUCUUCACUUUGGGGCUGGAGGACACCGUGCUGUUCACCGUGGCGGCAAAUGGCCACAUGAAGGUCACUCGGGCGGGCGAGACCGUCGGCGAGGCGCUGGGGCAUCCUCCGCGGUUCGCGCGGCGGACCCAGCUCGAUCUGGGCGGCAGCUACCUCGACUCGACGCAGGGCUUCCUCGGGAGCAUCCGCGGCGUCAGGGUCUGGGACCGCGAGGUGCUGUGGGCCCCGCCGAGGCGGCGGGGGCAGGCCUGCGCGGACGCCCGCGGGCGCUUCGUGGACCCUGGCGCGCCCGAGCUCGGGGAGAUCACGGUCUCGCAGGAGAGGUGCCAGGCGAGCAUCGCCAUGUUGGGCUGGCCGAGCCCACCCUCGCGCACCUGGCGGGCAGCGUGCUGCGGCUCACGGCGCGCGGGGCCCCGCACGCGGGGCGCACCGGCGCCGGCGACUGCGGCCCCGCUGCCGGCAUCGGCCGCCGCCGCUCCCCCGAGGGCGCCGGCAGGCCCAGCGACGAGCAGGCUGCGGCGGCCGCGGUGAGCCCUGUGGGGGCCCGACGGCGGUGGUGA